AUGACUCUCUCUUUCCGCGUGAAUCCCGACUACGCGGCCAUGUCCGAAAUCGUGCCGGGCCUGUUCAUCUGCGGAGUUUCCGCGCUCACCAAAGAAGAAAUGAAGAAAAACAAAAUCACUCAUAUUAUAAACGCGACGACAGAAGUGCCGAAUCUGAGGAGUCUCGGCGACAUCCAGAGGACCAAGCUGUGGCUGGAGGACACUCCGCAGACGUACAUCUACCCGCACCUCGAGCUUCAAUCCGAUCAGAUCCAGGCACUGAUUGCCGACGGAGGCAAAGUGCUCGUGCACUGUGUGGCCGGGGUCUCCCGCUCCGCUUCCAUCUGCCUCGCUUUCCUUCUCAAGUACAGGUACGUAUUCCUCCGGAUGAUCAGCAGAUUUCAAAUCUGCGGAGCAAACCAAUGAAUGAUAUCAUAGUUUUCCCAUGCUCGCACAAACACACGUGCUCCUCUCGGAAAACAAACCAUAAACAUUGUUUCAGAUGUCGCAAUCUCCGCGAAGCCUAUCAUUUGAUGAAAUCGAAGCGUUCGAUGGUCCGACCGAACCUUGGUUUCUGGCGCCAGCUGAUCGCUUACGAGCAGGUAUCAACUGCAUUCGGUUAUCAAGAGUACAAAGUCCGUGUGUUGUAGAAUGUAAAGGAAAACGCGGGUUCGGUGAGAUUGGUGAGGGACGAAGCACAGCCGGAGCAACUGCUUCCCGACGUUUAUCUGAACAUUGCCAUCCCAGCACGACCGCCGGUAAGAGCCCGUCAUCUCAAUAUUCCAUUCCAAAUGUGCUUCAGAGCCCCGAACAGGACCCAAAUGUGAUUCCUGAUGAGCCAAGAGAACGCAGGAAUUCGGGAUUCAAGUCGAAAUUCCAGCCAGUCUUGGAGCCAGUUAUGGAGAUGGCCGAAGCCGUCUGCUAA